UUCAGUCAUAAAGUGACAUAUGUAUAUUCAACACGAUGUAUGCUCGCUUCGUGAGUGUAUUACAUAAAAUAAUAAAAUACGAAAAUCUAGCCGUGCAUACUCGGCAACUGUCAACUACUGCAAAUAAAGCUCAUGAGAUAGAGGAACAAAAGGUGAAAGUGAACAAUAUGGAAAUUAAUUAUGCUAGGGUCGGCACAGGGGAUCAUCCGGUGUUACUGUUGCCUGGAGCCUUAGGGUCAAUAUGGACUGAUUUUAAGCCACAGAUGGAGAAUAUGAAUGUGAAUGAGCUAACCAUAGUAGCAUGGGAUCCACCUGGUUACGGAAAGUCGCGACCACCGGACAGGACGUUCCCGAAUGAUUUUUAUCAACGCGAUGCCACGUGGGCUUAUAAUUUAAUGAAAACUCUCGGCUAUUCGAAAUUUUCUUUGAUCGGCUGGAGUGACGGUGGCAUCACGUCGCUUCUACUGGCCUCGGCGUAUCCCGAUAGCGUCUACAGGAUGGUUGUUUUUGGCGCAAACGCAUACAUACACCCGAAUGAGAUAAAAAUAUACGAAAGCAUUAGAGACAUCAACAAGUGGUCAGAAAAAAUGAGAACAUCUAUGAUACAAAUUUAUGGUGAGGAUUAUUUCCAAAAGAUGUGGUCGGAUUGGAUAGACGCUGUGCUGAGAUUAUACGAAAAACAAAACGGUGACCUGUGCAAACAGGUUUUACCGAAGAUAAAAUGCCCGACUUUAAUCAUUCACGGAACCAAAGACGCGAUAGUUCUGCCAGAACAUCCAACGUAUCUGAAACAAAAUAUUGCCAACUCGAAACUACAUAUUUUCGAAAAGGGCGCACAUAAUCUUCACUUAAGGUAUUCCGAAGAAUUUAAUAAUUUAGUUACGAAUUUCCUUGUCAAUCGAAAAUAA